AGAAUCAUUUUGAUGUCUUGUUGCUUGAAGAAAAUGCAGCUUAAUCCCCAUAUUAUAUUAUCAUUAAUUUGAAUGGUCCGCAGGAAAUAUAUGACUUAGAAGUGGGUCAUGAUAUGAUAUGAUUAAUGCUUUCAUCUCUCUUAAUCUUUCUUGUCAAAUGGGAGGCAAAGCAAUGUGAUCUCUUUUGAAAUUUGUCUUUAGGCCCUAUCACCCUGCAAAAUAAUGUCUCUCCUGUAAGGAGGGAGGAAAAUAGAGAGCAAAUACUAUAAUCAACUAUAUUUCAAGCGUUGGGGCUGUGGUGGUGGGUCUUGAUGUUUCAGAAAUGAAAAUUGGUAAGUGGCCUUUUAAUUCUACUGAUAAUUAGGUAGAAGACCAAACCAUGUGAUCCCUCAUUAGCAUAAAAAAUAAUGCAUAGAGAAUUUCCACUGUAUACCCUUUAAUGUUUGUUAUAUAUAGCCUAACAUUUAGAUUGAAAAGGCAUCACCAAGUUCUUGCAAUAUUCUUAAGCAUCAAAAGUUCUUUUGCUCUUUAAGUCUUUAUUAAUCUUUCUCUUGUUCAUCUACAUCAAAAUUAUGGGUUUCCGUUUGCCUGCUAUUAUUCGCCCAAAGCAAAUUCUUCAAAGAUCGCCUUCUACAGGAAGCCAAACAAGUUCUGGAGCCAUAGAUGUGCCAAAGGGCUACCUUGCAGUCUAUGUUGGAGAAAACCAAAUGAAGAGAUUUGUAAUUCCAGUAUCAUUCUUGAAUCAACCUUCAUUUCAAGAAUUACUAACCCAAGCUGAAGAAGAAUUCGGAUAUGAUCAUCCAAUGGGUGGUCUCACUAUUCCCUGUAGCCAAAGUAGAUUUAUCGAUGUCAUUUCUUGCUUAAACCAUUUAUAAAUCAUGAUAGAGAUGGUUAACACAAUUUUGUAAAGUACAGAGAUAGCAUAAUCAUUAAUCAAUGAAAUUUUUGUUUCUUCA